AUGAAAUAUCGUUUCGUACAAGAUCCCUCUAUACCCGGUGCUAAGCUUGAUCCUAAUUUUCGUGAAUUACUAAAACAAGCACGUAGCAAUUCCAUAAUCGAGCCUCUAGUUAUAGUAGAAUUUCCUCCAUCAAUUGAUGAGAAUAUUUUUAUGAAUAGAAAACCACUUGGUCCUUAUCCUUCAAAGGCUCCAAAUCCUUUCUUCUUUUAUAGAAAACAAUAUGUGACACAAUUAAAAAAUUCUGGAAAAUCUUACUCAAUGACUGAUAUCUCAUCUCAUGUUGCGCGUUCAUGGAGUAAUGAGCCCGAAUAUGUCAGGGCCUAUUACAAGGAACUCUCCAAAAAGGCUUCUGUGUUGGUAGAAGCCCGUAGAAAAGAUCCUCAUCCUGUUAGUAAACCGAAAAGAAAAAAGUCUACUACUAGGUCAUCAAAUAAACCAAGUAAAAAAGACACUUAUCCACUCCAACAAACUUCAUCUUUGAUUGCCUCGACUAUUGCGCCUCAACCUGAUCAAAUUAUCAAUGUCGAUUAUAUUACUAAUAAUAUUCAACUUAACGUUAAUCAUAAUAAUAUUGACCCUAUUAACAACAUUGACCAUAUUAAUAACAUUGACCAUAUUAUCGAUUGUAGUGCAUUCUUAUGUACUUCAAUUAAUCCCAAUUUUUUUCAACACUGUGAACAACACUAUGAUCAAUAUAUGUGA